AUAUAAUACAAAUAGAUCUUAAUCAUAAAUAAGAUGUUAGCCAAAUCAUGAUACUAGUUUAAUUAUUUAUUCAUGUUUCAUUGGUCAUAAUAGAAGUGAUAUGACAAGGUCUAUUACAAAACAUUCGUAACGUGAAUGUAGUUGGUGUAUUUGUUUGUGUCAGGUUAGGUAAACUGGUUAAUCGAUGUUAUCCUAUGUUUUCGUGUCGCUGAUUUUCAAGUUCAAGUGGAAAUGGUUCGAGUCAACAGGCUAAUGGUGGAAGCAGACGGGGCCGUCAUGACUCCCCACCGUAUUGAACUCUGUGAAAAGGAAUUACUCAGACCUGUACGAAGCUACAGAAGUCGAAGGAUUCUUGCUGCUUCACCUAAAAAGACUGAAAAUGGUGAUUUGCUAACAAAAGCCCCAAUAAGAAAGGCUCAAGUGAAAUCAAAACCACUUAAGAAUAGCAAUGGUAGCAACAACAGUACAAAUAUGACUAAUGGCACCACUCUACGGUCUCGUUCCUCCAGGACAUCAGCAAAGGGCAAUGACAGCCACAAGCUGACUGAAUAUUUCAAAGAAGAACUCAAAGUUCCCAAAGUGGAGUCACCACCUCCACUAAAAGCAAUAAACAAGACUGCUAAAGUAGAAACUAAAGCUGUAAAUGGCCAUACAAAUAAUUCAAAUCACAAAUUGACGGAGUAUUUUCCAGUACGACGUAGCGUUAGAAAAACUUCAAAAUGCGUAAUGGCGGAAAAGAUGCGCGAUUUGGAAAGGGCUGUGAGAGAGCAAAGAGAAGAUGGACUUAAGGUAGAAUACUUUGAUGGGAAGGGUCGCGGCGUGAUAGCUACGCGCGCGUUCCUGCGCGGUCAGUUUGUGGUGGAGUACGCGGGCGAGCUGGUGGGUGUGGUGGAGGCACGGGAACGCGAACAGCGCUACGCUCAAGAUCCAGAGGCCGGUUGCUAUAUGUACUACUUCAGACACUGUGAUCAACAGUAUUGUAUCGAUGCGACGGCGGAAAGUGGCCGUCUAGGUCGAUUAGUGAAUCAUUCUCGUAAUGGGAACUUACACACCAAAGCGAUAUGGGUGGACGGGCCACGCCUCGUGUUAAUCGCGGCACAGGAUAUAGCGCCCGGAGACGAACUCACGUACGACUAUGGUGACCGAUCUCGUGAGGCUCUUAGACAUCAUCCAUGGCUUGCACUCUGACCUGGGUAUCACUACGGAAAUCUCAAAUGGACGUAACAUUAUUUAUUAUUUUAAUAUUAGUUAUGAUGAAACUGUUUACUCUUAGUCCUGUAUAAGACAUAAAUUAUCAAUUUAGUGAAACAAAAGGCCUAAUCAGAAAAACUAUGAGACACUCAGUAUUUGGAACUCAAAAGAAUUUGCUAAUAUGUAUUCAGUAAGUUAACGAAAGAUAAAUGGAAAAAUUUAAGUACGCCUUAAUAUAUCAUUGUCAAAAAUAAUAUUAAUAUGAAGUUGUGUUAUAAUGAUUUUACAUGAGAGA